CUCCCCUCAGGUCUGUCAACGCGAACGAGCCAGACUCCCGCAGAAGGCUUCAUUUCUCUCAUUGGCCAGUUCGGGGCUGGUACAUUCCCUCUUGGCCGGCUCCUCCAGGGCGAUGUAUAGUACAGCAGCUACAGCCACUGCCGCCGCCGCCGCCGCCAAGUCCCUGACUCGGAGUCUUUUGUGCCAUCGCAACCCGCUCUGCGGGGUUAGAAGUACAGCUUGGGCUCUUCAUUUUCCUGAAGUACAGUUACACACAACUAAACCUGCCAUGCAAGUCAGCCAGGAAGACUUUGAAAAGGCCAAAGAUCAACUGAAAUUUUUGAAGACUGAUCCUGGUAAUGAAGUAAAGCUGAAGCUUUAUGCAUUGUUUAAACAGGCAACUCAGGGGCCCUGCAAUACCCCCAAACCAGGCAUGCUAGAUUUUAUUAACAAGGCCAAAUGGGAUGCGUGGAAUUCACUUGGCACUUUGCCACAGGAAAGUGCCAGACAGCAAUAUGUUAAUCUUGUGUCAAGUUUGGUGUCUUCAGAAUCUUCGAGUCAAGUUAAAGAAAUCCCUCCAGACAGCAAGUCUGACUAUGAAACACUACAAGUUUCUACCAAGGACAACAUCACAAAGCUAGUAUUAAACCGUCCCAAAAUGAAAAAUGCAAUCAAUGUGAAGAUGUAUGAAGAAAUAAUGGAAGCACUUGAGGAAGCAGCAAAGGAUGACUCUGUUAUAACCGUCGUGACAGGAAGUGGAGAUUACUACUGUAGUGGAAAUGACCUGAACAACUUUGCCAAUGUCUCAGCGGGUGGAAUAAAGGAGAUGGCAGAUAAUGGUGCAGUGCUGCUCAAAAAUUUUGUCAACCAUUUUAUUGAUUUUCCUAAGCCAUUAAUUGCUGUGGUGAAUGGGCCAGCUGUUGGGAUAUCUGUAACUAUCCUUGGACUUUUUGAUGUGGUAUAUUCUACUGACAGGGCUACAUUUCACACCCCCUUUAGCAAUCUGGGUCAGAGUCCAGAAGGAUGUUCUUCAUAUGUAUUUCCAAAAAUUAUGGGCUUAGCAAAGGCAACUGAGAUGCUGCUUUUCAACAAGAAGCUGACUGCUGCUGAAGCCUGUUCACAGGGGCUUGUUACUGAAGUUUUCCCCGACAACACCUUCCAAAAAGAAGUGUGGGCAAGGCUAAAAGCUUAUGCUAGUCUCCCCAAAAAUUCCCUGGCAAUCUCCAAGCAGUUACUCCGAAGCAUGGACAAGAAGAAGCUACAUGAAGUUAAUUCUCAAGAAUGUGAAUGUCUCAAAGAAAGAUGGCUGUCUGAUGAGUGCAUGAAUGCUGUAAUGAGCUUCUUGCAGAAGAAAUCAAAACUCUAAUUUCUUGUUUAGCUGUGAAAAAUAGAUUUCUGUAAAGCUAAUUUCUAUCCCCUUUCCUACAAGAACAGUUGUUGCUAAAUUAAUACUUCAGGAAAUAUCUAAUAUGGUACCUUAGUUUUAACAAGGGUAAUCUAAGGAUAUUGAUGACAGAGUCACUUAAAACAUUAAUAAUAACCACCUUGGAUCUUUAUCUCUUGUAUCUAGACAUGAAUUUAUGGUACCAAACACAUCGCACAUUCCAACUUGGGCCAUGAGGUGGGAAAACUCUAAUUGCUUUACAUGCCGAGCAAAUCUCUUUGAACACGACAACAACUGUUUGUCUUCCAAAGGGAGUCACUGAUUCAAUGUCACCAAAUUUUGCAAGUUCUUGAACAACUGAUUGUUGGUUAUGUUGAACUGAAAUGCUGUUUGGUGUCCACCUGUUGUAGGAAGGGACAAAAGAAGAAAACAACAUAAUUUGUGUUAGUAGGACACCUUGAUUCAAGUAUUCAUUUACAAAGGAUUAUGUAUUGGCCAACAGUUUAUGACUGUAUAACAGUUCCAUGUGUCUGAUUAUUUUACAUGACACUUUCCUUGUGCUACAGGUGAAUGCAGUUAUUUGAAAACAAUUGGGCAGACACUUGUAAUGUCUCCUCUAAGGCAGAAGAAUUAGAAAGUCUGAAAGUAUGUGUAGAAGGAUUUUUUUUUUAGAAUUUUUUUUUUAAAAAAACGGAGGUUAAAACUAAAAAUAUUUGAAAAGAUUUGCAUAGGCAGUGUCAGGGCUUUUCUGCACACUUGGCUUAUUCCUGAUUUUCUUAGCAGUCAAUUCGCAAGCAUUGGAAUCAGUUUGGGUAAGGUUCUUCUGUACAUCUGCUCUUAUUUCACAUUUUUACAGUUGUAGAGUCGGUUUAUUUUGUUCUGAAUGUGCCUUAAAAAUCAGGCUUUCAUGGGUGGGUGCCGUCAUCAUCAGUGGCAUCAUCAAUGACAUCCCAGCACCUCCCCCUUAUUAUUAUUUUUGGUGCUUGUUUAUAUUAAUAGAUAGAUUAAUAUAAGGGCUGAAUGUUUUUUUAAAACACUGGAAAUGAACACAUGGAGAAAUCUUUGCAUGGGCAAGCCUAAAAGGGGAGCAGCUUUCCACCUGGGCUGAUCCACAGCCAAGAGGUGGAGGCUAGCACUGGCGGGUCAAACCCACUUCUGUUGAGAUAGGCCCAGAGAAGCAAUAGCGAUGUGCUUUUCAAAGCACGCUGCUAUUUCUGGCACCUGAAGUGGCUAUCCCCUUCUUCUCCGGGUUCACCAGGGCUUUUGCAAUUUUUUUUAAAAUCAUUUUCAUAUUGCUAGAUUGACCUACUUUUGUAAUAAAAGGUGCAGCGGGUUUUCCCAAUUCCCAGCUUUCAUUUUUUUUAAAAAAAGAAAUCUACAGUCCCUUCCUUUGCAGAGAUAGAAGGAAAAGGGCAUAUCUCUGCAGGGGAAAAGGCUAGAGACUUUUAAAAAUGAAAGCUGAGAAUUCAGAAAACCUGCUGCGCCUUUAUUACAAUGGUAGGUCAAUCUAUCAAUAUGAAAUUGACAAUUUGAAAAAGUAAGUCUCUAGCUCCUCUUGCAAAGAUAAAGAAAAAGGCAUAUCUCUGCAAUGGGAAGGGCUAUAGACUUGCUUUUUUUUAAAAAAUGAAAGCUGGGAAUUCAGAGAACCUAUUGCACAUAUUACAAUGGUAGGUCAAUCUAGCUGUAUGAAAUUGACGAUAAAAAGAGAUCAAAACAAAAGAAGGGGGUAAGGAAGGCAGGCAAGGAGGAGUGGUUCAACCAUGAUGGAUGUCCAGUCAUCAAAAAAUGGAUUCGAGAUGGAUGGGACAAACAAAAACAAACAUUGUGCACCAAGAAAAAAAAUCGACUCAAAAUCAGUUACCAGAACAAGAUUGGGGUAAAAGUAGUCUGGAAAGAACCAGGAAAAAACUGGAGGGAACAACAAACCAAAGCGAAAACUAAACAAAAAAAAUGUGUGCAGAAAUCAGGAUAAAUUGAAGCAGUAUGGGGCCAGAACUGACAGAAUAAACCCAUGAGGAAAGCCUUCAUUCUGCAAACCUUCUUGGUAUAUUGUUACCUGUAUUAUGGGGGUUGCUACCUGCUCAUCAAAUCUGAGCAUGUGGGUAUAAAUCGAAUUAAUGGCACAUGUUGAUUUUAUUAAACCUUUGUUCUAACUUGA